CAACUUUGUGAACUCCGCUAUUACAUUGCAUUGCAUUGCACAGUCAAGACUAAUACAUUAACGUAUAUAAAGUCCCUGUUUCACCACCUUUUUAUUUUGCGCAUUCCCUCUUCUUGUUCACAUUCACUGCCCGCCACUGCCGCCAUUACCAUGGCCUCCUCCCUCGCUUUACCUUCAAUUGUUUUCCGAAAGCACUCUUUUAUGAAUGGCUCUACCGUUUCUUUUACUAAAAUAGGCUCUCCACGCUUUGCUCGAUCUGGUGUUUUUAUGAAACGCUUGUUGAUGAUGCCCUCUUUGCUGAUUACAAACCCACCUCUGCUUUCUUGUUUCCUGGUCAGGGUGCACAAGCAGUUGGAAUGGGAAAGGAGGCCCAGAGUGUGCCUGCUGCAACAGAGCUGUACAAGAAAGCAAAUGAUAUUUAAGGGUUUGAUCUUCUAGAAAUUUGCACCAACGGACCAAAAGAUAAGUUAGAUUCAACUGUUAUAAGCCUGGUAUUUUGCCUUGCUACUUCUCCGUUAUAUCUUAAUUGUCUCGGCUAUGAUUUCUUCACUGUUUUGCCUUCGAAAAUGAAAAAUUCCUCUUGAAAUAUUUUUUCCUUGAUACUUCUCCCAUAUAUCUGAAUUGUCUCAGGCUAUGAUUUAUUCAUUUUUUUGUCUUUGAAAUAUGAAAAAUUGCUCUAGAAAUAGUUUUCUGGUGUUACCAGAUUUAAAAUUUACUGAUUUUGGACAUCUUUGUUCUUGGGCCAUUCGCAAUUAUAGAAUUAUAGGUUCCAUAUAAUUGAUUGUCAGUUAGGAACAAUCAUUACUAUAACAAUUAUAUACUCAUUUUAAAAUCUUGUGAUUCCAUCGAAUUUGAAGUUACAGUUCAUCUGUAUUUUAAAUCAAUUAGCAUUUAAAAUCAUUUAAACCUGUACCCUUUUCUUGUUAACAUGAGCAACCCUUUUGUCUGUCUGGAAACAUUAGCAGUCUUUGAAAUUUUUAUGGUGUCUAAUGUUGGUGAUAUUUUAGUAUUAUGCACCUUUUUCUGGGGAAGAGAGUUAUCUGUUGAAGUUCAUAAAUCAGUAACUAGUUCUGAAUCUUUGCAGCCUGCCAUCUAUGUCACAAGCUUAGCGGCAGUUGAGCUGCUCCGAGCUCGCGAUGGAGGCCAGCAAAUAAUUGAUUCUGUAGAUGUUACGUGUGGUCUGAGUUUGGGUGAGUGAAUAUACUGCUGUGGCCUUUGCUGGAGCUUUCAUGUGAGUUAUUUCAAACUGCAAAUUUAUGAUUACACUUGCAUAAUAUCUUCUUCUUUUGAGGUGAAACAACAUCCUUGCGUUUAGUUUAUACAAACAAAUAAUUGGCUCCUUGCAUAAUCCGUUUAGCCCCUUCUACUCGUUGAUUCUGAACAUAGAACUUGUGAGCAAGCAUGGCAGGAAAAUUAGAAAUGCAAGCCAACUGGGUUUCUAGAACCAUCGAGUUGAUUACAUAAUGGGGUAAUUUUUGGGACCCGCCCCAUGCGAAUUUCCCCCUUGUCUAAUCUAUAGGUAAUGGGGAGCAUCAUUUUGUUCCUCUAAUACAUCAUUUUACUUGUUGGAGGUAGAAUGUUAGUAAAUCAAUAUACCUAGUGGACAAUAAAUGGCAGAAUGAUACCCUAUCAUUUUACAUUCUUUGUUUCUUUGGAUUAUUUUUGCCACUUUUCUUUUGUUGAGUCUUCUUCCAUUUAUAAGUUUUGAGGGUGGACUUAAGCUGGUCAAACUAAGGGGAGAAGCUAUGCAGGAAGCUGCUGAUGCUGCUAUAAGUGCCAUGGUUAGUAUCAUAGGAUUGGAUUCCGAUAACGUUCAGCAGCUAUGUGAUGCAGCCAACCAAGAAGUAGAUGAAGCUAAUAAAGUUCAAAUUGCAAAUUAUCUUUGUCCUGGGAAUUAUGCAGUAUCUGGAGGUGUUAAAGGAAUUGAAGCUGUAGAAGCCAAGGCCAAGUCAUUCAAGGCUCGAAUGACAGUGCGUCUAGCUGUUGCGGGUGCUUUCGACACUGGUUUCAUGGAACCAGCUGUCUCGAGGUUGGAAGGUGCACUGGCAGCGACCCAGAUCACAACUCCAAAAGUCAUAUCCAAUGUUGAUGCAGAGCCACAUGCAGAUCCAGAAACGAUUAAGACUAUACUAGCUUGCCAGGUGACUUCUCCUGUCCAAUGGGAAACCACAGUGAAGACUCUUCUCUCCAAACGGUUGAAGAAGAGUUAUGAAUUGGGACCAGGAAAGGUCAUCGCCGGCAUCAUUAAGAGAGUAGACAAAAGUGCAAAGAUUAAAAUCAUUGCUGCUUAAGAGCUUAAUUUUUUUUUUUAUCGUAUGAGAAACCAACUUCAAGAUUAAAUGUUUUGUCUGUAACAUUAAUAUUAUGUAUUUGGUGAAAAUAAUAAUAAUAGAUUUCUUUGAAGCUCAA